UUUUGGUUUUGAGGACGCAAUUAAAAAGGGACUUUUUAAAAACUUUUUGGCCUUUUUUCAUGAAUUUCGUGAUAAAAUAAAAGUGAUAACAGCAAAUUAACAUCAUUUGCAAUCCCCGACGUCGUUCCCGUUGGAAAAGUAGGCCGAGAAAUUGUAAGAAUCUUGGAAAACCGCAGCGCCAAAGUUCCCCAAAAAGACCGGGCGGAAAAGGAAACCGUACUGGGGUAAAUCCUCACUGAAGAAGAACGCAGGCAAAAUUUCCAGGAGCAUCCGGCAUCCUGCGCUGUUAGUCUUGCGGUUUAUGGCCACAACCGGACACAAAAUGAAGGUACUAUCGCUCUACAAACAGUUGAUACGAGCCUCGCAGAAAUUCGACUCGUACAAUUUUCGCUCGUACGCGCUACGCCGGAUUCGUCAUGCCUUUCGGGAGAACAAGGCGCUUACGGAUGGUGCACAGAUCGAGAGUGAACUAGCCUACGGACAAUCUAACCUGGACAUCAUCAAACGACAGACCGUAAUUGGAAACCUGUUCAGAGCGCCCGACAAACUAGUGAUAGAGAAGUAACAGGUUGGGCAUCGGCCUCAUGGCUUUGACUAGUAAAAUCAUGAAAUCCCAGAAUGCAGUGUUUCCAAACCCCAAAAACCCCCAAUCCCUAAUAUAUAUCCUAAUCGACUCGACUUGGGAUCUUCGCGGCUGAAAUUCGAAGAACAUGUUUGCUAAGCGAACACAUAAGAUCCGGAAGCUAACGGAGAUACCCUCUGGAUGUAAAUAACGGUGCAAGCAUCCACGCUCUAUCCUCUCAAUGCUGUCAUUUGCAACCUUAGCUCUUAGCACCUUAGCACCAGCGCAUUUCCGGAUUUUCUUGAUUAACAAGUAAAAUAUGCAAAAUAAACAUUACAGAAAA